AUGGAAGCUCUCAAUCGAAAAACUCCAUAUAAUGUUAAUAACAAUCGCUUUUAUAUUCAAAACGAUUCUAUCGAAUCGAAUUUAUCCAACAAUAUUGAAGAUUAUGAUCAUCAUGAGUUCAACGAAAUCACUGCAUUAAAAUCUUUAUUGACAAUCAUGCAUCCGACUGAAACUAUUCUUUAUACCAUCAAACGUCUUCGAGUAGCUGCAACCAAUAAUAGAUUCAAACAACGUGCAACACAACGGCAGUUCUUGUUGAGUGAUUUAACUUCAGAAGAAUCGAAAAAGAAUAAAUAUCUACUUGAAGAAAUCACUGGUCUUGUGGAUCGAUUUGUAUCUAAUGGUCGAUCUGAUAUAUAUCACGAAACUUAUGAACAAUUGAAAGCGAAAUUGAAUCUGUAG